GAGUUGUCACGGAGUGGGGGGACUAAGCAACAUGGCCAUGUUACUAGAGAGCAGAGAGGCUCCGUUCAACGUGGGAUGGACGCCGUCUCUUCUAAUCAGCCCAGGUUUUCCCCAAAAAGUGCUCCAAUUAGCCACAAAGCCCACAUCGUUUGCAGGACACCACCUAGACAACCAGCGGUGGAGCGAUGACAGCCGGCUAUACAUGUCAUCGCUGGUCACAUUGGGGAGGGGUCCAGAGAAAACUACGGAGUCCGACAUUGUUUUGGCGAACGAACACACCGACUCAAUGUUAGUUUUAGUGACUUCCGAUUGGCGUAACCGGGCGUCAUUAGCUCCUGCGUGUAUUACGAUCUUAGCGUACUUACGCUUAUCCUUAGACAGGAGCUGAAGAUAAGACUCAAUGUCGCCCGCUCUGGCCCCAGGCAAACACCUAACUAUGACCGCUGGAUUCUCUAACUUCACGUUUCGGACUAUGGAGUCACCAAUGAUCAGAGUGGGUUUCUCAGCGGGUGUGUCGCUGAGUGGGGAAAAUCUGUUUGAAACGUGAAGCGGUUGGUGGUGAACCGUGGGCGCCUGCCUAAAGCUACGUUUCUUACGAGCCGUGACCCAGUCGUUGCCCAGCUGCCUGGUACCUGCCGGGGGACUGGUAGCAGCUAAGCUAGGAGGCUCCGCACCGGCUAAAGGGACCUGGCUAGCUGGCCUGUUUUCUAAAGUGCGAAGCCGAGACUCUAAGUCUAACAACCUCGCCUCCAACCCUGCAACUAGCGUACACCUAUUACAGAUACCAUUACCAUCACUAAAGGAGGCGGAGGAUAAGCUAAACAUAAGACACACCGAGCACCGAACAGAGCGAGAGGGAGAGGAAAAGGGGGAAGCCAUAGCAGGAAAGUAAGCUAGGAGCUACGCUAGCGGAGAAAACACUUAGAUAACAGUGUAAAUUAGCAGGACGUUUAAUGAAAGGAAAAGAUGCUUGAGUGUUACAAGCUUGUUUUGAAACUUUUAGCAGUCGCUAUCGGAUAUAAAACGAUAAUAUUUAGAAAAGAGCGGAGAGUAACGCUGUACACACACAGCGGCAGCAAACCUCAGUAACCGGAAGUGACGCGAUACGCUUACCGUCAGUCAGCCGUCAGUCAGUUCAAUACAGAGAAGUAGGAAAGAUGAGGGCAGCAGGAGGAAACACAAAGGAAGACAAUAUAAUAUCAAAGUUAAGAUUGGGACAUACAAAGCUGAAUAAGACGUUACGUUUAAUGGGAAAACACCAAUCAGGGAUGUGUGAUUUUUGUCAGGUGGGGGAAUCAGUGGAGGACGUGGUGAAUAACUGUCAACAGUACACUCAUCAGCACAGGGAGUACAGGAAUUCAUACUACAGCAGCUAAACGGUCAGUCAGGAAGUUAUAGGGCACUCGUCUUGUUUCUGAGGGAUUCACAAUGCUUGGAUAGGAUUUAGCUAGUUUUUUUUUUGUUUGUUUGUUUGUUUAUUUAUUUCUUAAUUUUUUCCCUGAUUGAUCAACUCUGGUCCACACUCCAAUAUAGUAGGUGGCGGUAAUGCGCCUUUCAGUUGUAUGCCACCCGCCAUUUAAAUGACAAGAAGAAGAAGAAAAAGCAGAAGAAGAAGGAAACGUGAGUAAAUGGCGGCGAAACGAUGACGACACAGCCACGUGACAGAAACAGCGUUUGCAAACCGGAAGUGUGUUUUAGCGUUUGACACGCUCCUCUUUUCACGGUUGUCGACGCGGCUUAGUCUCACGUCAGGGUGGAUUUGAUGGGUUGUGUUAAACUGAAGCUGUGUGGUUUUUGCCAACAGCUGCUUAAUUUCUCAUCGUAGUGACCGUUAACCGCUGUGCUGCAAGCUAACGAAAGUUAGCGGUGCUAACUGCUAUGUUAGUCGCUGUUUGCAAGACGUACAAAGAGAAACGUGCGAGUGUCAGCUUCGAUGCCCCGGGUUUUGUUUUUAUUCCCCCUGUGGUUUAAUCAGAUCAGCGCAGACGGGCCACAGCAGGUCACUGAUGAAGAACUCGAUUUUCGUAAUGUUGCCCUGUUAAAAAAGAACGAGCAGUCGGAUUAACUGCAUGUUUGCUGCAACGCGGCUUUUCCAUUGGACUAGCGCUCGGCGUUCAUUCAGUCUCCAGUACUACAGUCGAAGCCGUAGAACCGCCCCAGGAGCUGCACGCGGUCCAGCAGAAGCACGAGUGUGUUCGUGUGAGAUGCCGCUGUCUUUGCUGUAGCGUCUGCUGCUUCAGAAUGCAGAUCCUGGUGGCGAAGCUGCUUGGCCUGCUGGGGUUGUUCAGCCUCAUGCUGGCAGGCGUCCUGAUCCCAGUGCGCCUCCUGCUGGUCGACUAUGAGAAGGCGCACAGGUACAGGAGAGCCCUCUCUCUCUGUAACUCGUUUGGAGGAGGUGUGUUUCUCGCAACAUGCUUCAACGCUUUGCUGCCCGCCGUCAGAGACAAGGUGGGUGAUGUGUUUAGGCAGCUGAACAUCAGCAGUGACUAUCCCCUGGCUGAGACCAUGAUGAUGCUUGGCUUCUUCCUCACUGUUUUUGUGGAGCAGACCAUCCUCACCUUCAGGAAAGAGAAGCCCUCCUUCAUCGACCUGGAGACCUUUAAUGCCGGGGGCUCCGAGGCCGGCAGCGACUCCGAGUACGACACUCCCUUCAUCUCCUCGGCGCAGGGCUCCGUGAGUGGUGAUCACCGCUCCCACGGACACCAGCACGGACACUUCAGUCCAGCUGAGCUAGCGGGGGCAGGUCCUCUACGGCUCGCUAGCUUGGUCCUGGCUCUGUCAGCUCACUCUGUGUUUGAAGGCUUGGCUCUGGGCCUCCAGGAGGACGGAGCCAAACUUGGGAGCCUGUUCCUGGGUGUGGCUGUACAUGAAACGCUGGCUGCUGUUGCUCUCGGUGUCAGCGUGGCCAAGGCCUCACUUGGCAUAAAGGAUGCAUCCAAGCUGGGCGUCACAGUCAGCUUAAUGAUCCCACUGGGUAUGUUGGUGGGAAUGGGCAUUGAGUCGGCUCAGAACCUGGCGGGCAGCGUGGUGUCAGUGGUGCUGCAGGGACUUGCUGCCGGCACCUUUCUGUUUGUCACCUUUUUUGAGAUUCUGUCUAGGGAGCUGGAGGAGAAACGGGACCGGCUGCUGAAGGUGCUCUUCUUGAUCCUUGGGUAUGCAGCACUCGCUGUCCUCGUCUUCAUCAAAUGGUGACAUACAGGAGGCCAGCAACACUAAAGGAAAACUAAAGCGUGUGUCUUUGAAGUCAGCCUACUUUUUUCCUGUGAACACAAAUCAAUGCUUCACUGAGGGAAGCCUCUGCCAAAAUGAGGAACUGAAACUCGUGGAGUUUUUUUACCCAAAGACUCUUCUUUGGCCUGUUGGCUCAUAACAGACUCUUUUUAUAGCAGCUUGUUAACAUCAUUAACUUAUCAAAGUUCAAAUACAAUCAAACCUUAGUGCUCUCCUCUCAUGGCUCUGGUAGCAAUGAAGCCAUCUCUUUCUCUUAACACCUUGAACUUCAGCGUGAAACCCUCCCAAACCUUGAACCUGCAGGGAACAAAUAGCUGCUAGCAUUGAUCUAUGAGGUUUAACAUGUGGACACAGUCACAAGGCAAUUGAUUCAGUUUUCCUUAAACCAACGUUUCUGAUUGUGUUUUUUUGGACUCAUUCAUGACAAUGAACUGACAUGUUAAAAAUUAGAAGUAAAUGUGGGUCUUUCUUUGUGUCUCUAGUCGUAACCAAUUUUUAUUGUGGAACAAUCAAAACCUCUGCACAUGAAGAUUCGUAGCCGUUAGAAGGGACCAGGGCUGUGUUCUCUACACAGUUCUGUAUGUUUUAAAGAAAACUUGAAUUCACAAUGAUUUUUUUUCAGAUCUCUUUUCGGAUGUGAUGACGGCUGACCAGGAUCAGUUUUGUAUUUGUGGUGCUUUGUGUCAUUUUUUUCCUUGGAUUGUUCCACUGCCUUUGUUGAAAUAUUAACAAAAUAUUUAACCUGAAGCUGCAGCUUCAGAGCAGAGA